CUCACGUAUUUUCUCUUCUAUGGCGACGAAACUGAAAUUUGUCGUCUGCAUUUACACAUAAAAUAAUAAUUAUGAAAUGUUAUGAAAAUACUUGUUUUGCUUUACAAAAACUGUAAAAUAUUUAAAAUAUAGUUUUUCUAAAAUGUUUCGACACAAGGUGCUACAGAAACUGCUGCUGCAAGGCAGCUUUAGUGCUGUAGCUUUUGUGUCAGCUGAUAAGCCUGCUGCCAAAGCAGAACCGCUGAAGCAUCAUUACCGGAGCAGUGAACUGCCAAUCUAUCCUGAAGAAACCUUGCGAAGAAGUGAUCCAAAGAUUGAAGAAAAAACUGAACCAACCGAGCUAGAAGUUGGAAUUGGAAAAGUUAGGAAGGUUGUGUGGUCUUACUACGAUAUUUACAAAGAGUACCAUGAUAAGGCCAUUCAUGUGAUUGACACUGGCAUUGCACACACCCAAAGCACUUUCUCACAGGUGAUAGAGAAGACAUCCGCACUUCCACAAGUUCAAGCUACCAGGCAGUUACUGCUGGAAGAAGAAAACUACUUGCAUCGAUACAGUGCAAUUGCGCUAGCGAGUUUGACAGGACUUGUGCUUGGUGCUCGCGGGGGCCGCUUCAAGCGACUGACGUACGCCACGAUUGGUGGGCUGGGCAUGGCAGCCAUCUGCUACCCCAAAGAAGCUAAAGAAACCACGCAGGAAGCAAUUCAGCAGGCAAAGAAAUACUUCACCAUUUCCUACAACUUUAUUUAUGGAGUGACACCAGAGGACGUGAAAGAGUCCACUGCAACCUUACUGGCGUCUCCAGCUUCCGACGAGAAAGGAAAGGCAGAGAAAGAUACAAAGUCGAUGGUGCGCAGUCCGGGCCCCGGAGGGGACCAGAGCCUCCCUGCGGACAAAAACUUGUACACUACGAGAAGUUGAGGCGAGCUGUUGUUCUCGUGGCUGGCACCACCAUUCAGUAUUAUGUCCUUUCUGUCGCGCGCAAACUGCCUCUGUUCUGUAGUUUACCUAGUGCAAUGUGAUGGCUGAAAUGGUUUGGUUUUAACUUUUUAAGAAGCAUGAAUAAACUCAAAGAAAUUA